AUGACCUCGGAUAUAUACCAAGGACAUUUAAAUGUUGCCACAGAGUAUUCUAACAUGAGUGUAGGUGGGCAUAAUGGACUACAAGAUAGCCAAAUUCCCUACAAAAUGGGCGAUAGUAGCUCCGCGAGCACUUCAUACGUGUCGAGAUUUAUGGGGACGUUACCUGUAUUGGCAGCUAUGCCGAGUAUUUUAAUGACAUAUAAAGUAUCUUGUGGAGGGAUGGAUUGGGGCGCCAAGGUGAUGGCACUGGUAUUAUUUGCAAGUUGUUUUUUGACGGUUGUAAAGGGCUUAAACAAGGCUCAAGUGUUGUCUUCGUCACUGAAUGGUACACCCGCUGGUACGAUGGUGGUGGUUUUGGCGGUUUCAAUGGUUUAUUUCUCAAUCAAUAUGUUGUCGAUCAACAGGCUCUGUGUGCUCUACCUAGGUCUCUAUAUGAGCAAGUUUAACCCGUAUACUGUGUGUGGAUGUUUGAUAGAUCUCAUGACGGCCACCGAAGGGUAUUGGCAUGUCAUAUUGGGUUAUUUUUUGGUUUUUGUUUCAUUCAUCCUACUAUUGAGAAGCUUUUCUGGCCGUUCUGAGCUAAAUCUAGCUGUGCUUUUAAUCUCUGCAAUUAGCUCUGCCUCCUAUUUAAUAUUUUCAAAGCAGACAAUCAGCAUUAUCAUGUUGGGUUGCAACGUUUUCGCUUCAGCUGUGUUAUUAGUCUCACUUCAAGAUAGUGACUUAAUGAUUUCACGGGUGAAUCCAUUCUUGGUAUCGCUUUUAUCUUCCUCAUUCGAGUAUGUCAUUUUUUCGGUUGAUUUUAAUCUUGUCACUUGUGCAAAUACUAUACUUCCAUUGAUGAUAACAGUGGACAAAUCUGCAAACCUCGCACGUUCACUAGAACCACUGGUUAGUGGGACUACUUCUUCUGCCUCGAUUUUGAGAGAGUUAUUGUCCCAUUCGGAUACUAGGGCCAUCUUCAAUUUCCUUUUAUUGAAUUCAACAUUUAUGUUCGUCCAGCUCCUUUAUUCGUUCAGAUCUAAAUCAUUAGGCUUACUAUCUGAUUCUUUGCAUAUGGCAUUAGACUGUACUUCGCUCGCAUUGGGGCUAGUCGCAGGUAUUCUUUCGAAAAAUGAGGUAGACCCGAAUGGUAAGUUUCCAUUUGGAUUAAAAAAUUUUGAAAUUUUGGCUGGUUUCACGAAUGGAACUUUAUUAACUGGAAUAAGUGGGAGUAUCAUAUUCGAGGCGAUUGGGAGACUAUAUAAUCCUGUUGCGUUGCAGAAAACUAACGAAUUGUUUAUUGUAUCUGUAUUGGGACUUUUGGUGAAUCUUGUGGGAAUACUUGCAUUCAAUCAUGGCCAAGGUGGAUCUCACGAUCAUGGCCAUUCUCAUUCCCACUCUCAUUCGCAUUCUCACUCUCACGCUCAUUCCAGUCUGUCGCAUGGUGAGGAAGGUAUGAAUGAUAACAUGAAAGGUAUCUUUCUACACGUGUUGGCGGAUACUUUGGGCUCAGUUGGGGUAGUUAUUUCUACAAUCUUGACAAAUUGGUUUAAUUGGAAUGGAUUUGAUCCUAUAGCAUCAAUCAUAAUAGCUGUUUUGAUUUUUGCAUCCGCAAUUCCUUUGAUCAAGUCAACUGCAUCAUCAUUAUUGUUGAGUUUAUCUCAUGGCAACGAAGAGAAAGCCAGAUCCGUGCUCAAAAAUAUCUUACAGAUCCAAGGAGUGAAGUCCUUCACAACUCCACGGUUUUGGCCAAGCUCAAAGAACUCCUUGAUAGGUUACAUUCACAUUCAAAUCUACAGAGGUGAAAGCAUGGUAUCUCUCAAGAGACAAUGUGAGAAGCUUUUUAAGGACGAAUCCAUGAAUAUCAUGAUACAGAUGGAGAACGAUUAUGAAACAUGCUGGUGCAGAAGUAAUGAUAAUCUGAACGGUAUGUGA